AUGCUUAAAAUUAAAUAUUUAAUCAAUAGCAUACUCAAUACUGUCUGCAAACAUAAUGUAAUUCUCCUUACCCGAUUGCCGCUAUGUCAGAAAUAUAGUCGAUAUUGCACAACCUCUAAUGAGCAAGAUGAAGAGAAGGAGCGAGAAAUCGAAAGAAUAAAAGCCAAUGCUUCUAUAGAUGAACCUCCAACAGCCUGUUGUCAAUCUGGUUGUGCUAAUUGUGUAUUCAUAGUAUGGGCUGAUGCGCUUUCUAAAAAAAUGGAACAUGCUGGACCAGAUAUUGCAGAAAGAAUAAUAAAAAUGGUGGAUGAUCCUUCAAUGAGAGCCUAUUUGGAGUUGGAGCUACGUUUAAGAGGCCUUAAGAAAUAA